UAAAGUGGAUAAACAAAUCUAGGGUUUAUGCCAGAAUGGGCACUAUCAUCGCUCUCACGCCCAGCGGAUUUCUCUGCCGGGACACGAAGCGGGAUCCCUGUGUGUGUCCGAUGUCUGUGCAUUCUCCUCAUCACGCCGCGCAAUCCGUGAGACUUUCACGCCGAGGAUUUGGAGUCCAGCUCGUGUUGUUGCCGAGUCCCUGGAUGCAAAUGCCAAUGCCAGCAGCUGCGUUGGAGCAAGAAGAGCUAAACAUCCCAAAGAAGAACGAUCCAAAUUCUUGGGACGAGUACCAAGGGGAUGGAUUUGGCGUGAAAAUUCCUCCAGGUUUCGAAGAUACUCUGGAACCCGAUGAGUUUCCUAUAGGAGAAGUUCCUUUGUAUGGCAAUCGUGCAAAGCCCAAGGUUUUUGCAGCGCGUUUUGCUUCUCGUGACGGGGAGGAGUUUGUGAGCGUGGUAAUUCGUCGGGCUUCGCAGCUCAAGGCUACAUUUUUCGAGGCUAAGAGCAUCAAGGACCUUGGGAAAGUUGACGACAUUGCGAAGCUAUUUCUUCCUGUCGGUGCAAGGCUCACUGCCGCCUCGUCCGUGACCUCCGAAGCUCAAAGAGUAUACUAUCUGUACGAGUACUUGGCAGGAAGCAAGCACGUAGUCGUGUCCGCUGCAGCCCAGAGCGGUCGGAUUUUUGUUGCUGCCGCUACUGCUCCUCAGUCGAGGUGGAAAAAAGAUGGUCGUUUGCUGAGCUCUGCUGCUGCGUCAUUCUAUCUUUUGUGAGGGAGUACUCGUGACUUUCCUCAGUUUUUAGUCUCCACUUGAAUCUGGAUACUAAUUUCUGCUCAA